AAUAUCAUCCUGUAUGUGAAACGAGUGAAGUGUUAUUAUUUUCGCAAUGUGGUUUGCAAAGUUCGCUUUAUAUUCGUGGUAGCCUUGUUUGUAGUCUGCGAGUCGAGUCGCUGUUCUAGUAACACCCAAACAAAUGAGCGAGAAGGCAAGAAGACACAAAGCUUCAGGAAAUUAAAAGACACCCCACAGGACAUGUCUGGUCCUACCUGGUUGCCGCCGAGAACUCUGGGUAGCCCAGAGAGACCCGCCCCUCAGAUGGCCCACUCUGGACCAGCCAUCUACGCCCUGCCUAACAAAAAGAUCUCAUCCGACCCUCGGCCCAAAUAUGGUGGCUAUGAUCAAAACGGAGGUGGAAGAGGAGGCGGUGUAGCCACUAGAUACAUGGCUACAGGACCGGCAGGUGGGCCCAGGCCACAUCCAUCCAAUGAGCGCUACUACCAUCCUGGCCCCGGGCCCAACGAAGAACGCAGCUGGGCCCCACACAUGGACAGCUACGAGUUAAUGCAACGUGGCCCAGAGAAGCCAGGGGGACACCACUCCAACAUCGACGCAGAGAUCGACUCCCUCACCUGCAUGCUGGCAGACCUGGACAGCAAUCCUCAGAACUCCAGCACACAUCUGUAUGACAACGUGCCUUACAACCAACACCUCUCAGGGGAACGAUACAAAUCUUCUGCGCAGACCGGAGCCCCUUCCCAGGGUAGACCAUCCAUGGGCUACCCCCCUCACCCCCAGAACCACUACCACCCAGCGCCCCCUUACCCCAAUGACCACCAGGGUCAGGGUCAGUACACCAGCCCCCACCAGCUGGACUACACCUACUCGUCUGCCCCCAAGUCCUACCCCCAGCCCGUCCCAGCCUCCUACACCACAGCCUCCACGCCUACCGGCCCCAGAUUCAGUGUCCAGGUGAAGACAGCCCAGCCCGUCACUUACUCCCAGACAGGGAGGCAGGCAGAGCAGGCCUACACCCCUCCCCCACCCCACCAGCACAGCUCACGCCCACCACCCCAGACCCAGACCAGGCCUCAGGGCUGGUACCCACCCCAUCCCACCUCUCAGGCCCAGGACGGGCACUCUGAAGCAGGGUACAAAGGGGGCGGCGCAGCAGGGUCUGGAGGAAGAGCGAACCAGGGCCCUGCGCUCAAGAGGGGUCCAGAGAUUCACCAGUCAGGGUCGGGAUCAAGCACAAGUCCUGCCUACCACCCUGGCAUGCAGGGGUCAGCACUGAAGCCAGAGGAAGAGCUGGACCGCCUCACCAAGAAGUUAGUGUACGACAUGAACCACCCCCCUACAGAGGAGUACUUUGGUCGCUGUGCCCGCUGCGGGGACAACGUCCUGGGCGACGGCAGCGGCUGCAUCGCCAUGGAGCAGGUGUUCCACGUGGAGUGUUUCACCUGCAUCACCUGCCACGCCCGUCUCCGCGGGCAACCGUUCUACGCCCUGGACAAGAAGAGCUACUGCGAGAACUGUUACAUUAGUACCCUGGAGCGUUGCUCCAAGUGCUCCAAGCCCAUCCUGGACAGGAUCCUGCGGGCUAUGGGCAAGGCUUACCACCCUUGCUGCUUCAACUGUGUGGUGUGCGGCUGCUGUCUGGACGGGGUGCCCUUCACUGUAGACGCCACCUCCCAGAUCCACUGCAUAGAGGACUUCCACAGGAAGUUUGCCCCGCGCUGCUCCGUGUGCUGCCAGGCCAUCAUGCCAGAACCGGGCCAGGAGGAGACGGUGCGCAUCGUGGCCCUGGACCGCAGCUUCCACGUCAACUGCUACGUCUGCGAGGAGUGUGGCCUGCUGCUGUCCUCGGAGGGCGAGGGGCGCGGCUGCUACCCCCUGGACGGCCACAUCCUGUGCAAGAGCUGCAGCGCACGCCGCAUCCAGGACCUCUCCGCCAAAAUCUCCACCGACUGCUAACCGCCGCGCCCCGGUGCUAUGUCCCCCCUCCACCACCACCACCACUCGUGUAGAGAGAGGGGGUGUCCCCUCUACGCAGAUGUAGGCUCUGCUGGCCUUUCUAGUAUGUAAACCAUGUGUGGUUGUGAGCUUCUCCGACUGGAUGUUACUGUUUGGGGCCCCUGAUCUGCAGGCAGCAGGGGCGGCACUGACCCCCCUUCCCCUUCCCAAUACUUAUUUCUACACAAUUAGAGCCCCUUAUUAAUACUGUUCAAUUACACACAGACACAUACAUGCUCCCCGCUGGAAUGUUCUCUGUCAUUGUGGAUGUAGAGGGGCAAGGGUGUCAAAUCAUAAGGGUUGAUACAAUUAGCUGGUCGAUGAUUGAGAAGGUGCUGUGGAGUUGUUGUUGUUGAGGAUGAGGAUGGUGGCGAGGAAGGCUUUGCUCUCCACUGAUCUCUGCUGUGCUGUAGGACCCGACCAGCUCCAGUGGAGACGGUACCAUGUUUCUUGUUGACCACUACUAGUGAUCUGUUACUGAAUUGCCUCCUUCUGAAAAGCACAUUGAUGCAAAUCAAGCGUGGUCUGUGACUAUACACAGAUACGAUACUUCAGGUAGCUCUGAAUAAAGAGUGAAUCCGUUUCGGUGAAGUUGCGCAUGGAUGGAAUGAGUUGUGUCGCGAGCGUUAGAAAUGGCAGGAGAAAGUAGACUUGAAGAUUGUAUAUUGAAAGAAACGGCUUAGUAGAGUAUGUUAAGACGAGCCAUCCAGUCCUAGGAUAGCUUUGAUCUGGUUUUCUGUAGGAUAGCAUCCAGAAUAACAAACAGGAAUUGGUACUGCAUUUCAGGGUAUUUCGAAUGUUUAUUUUUAUACCAGCCAAAUCCUUAUUUUCAAUAGGCCAAGUUUUAGUUUUGCAAGGCACGCAACUCAAUGCUCUUAGUACGAGAGCUUUCUGUCUUGCGUUUAAUUUCGAAAAUGUGUCGAUUUGAUACUUGACUGUUACAUUUACGAUGAAGGUGCAAUGAAGUGAAAUGCGUGCCACUGUCUUAAGAAACAGGGUGCUCACCAGACAUGGAGCUGUCUGAUGAACAAAAUACGUCCUGGUGUUUUUUUUUCUUUUUUGUAAAAAGUUUGUGUUUUGUUUACCCUUACUCUGACACGUCAUGAACUAAUUUGACAAUUAGCCAAUUUACCUGUACGUUUUUCACAAUGUUUUGAUAACGUUUAUCUUCUGUCUCCCCGUCUUACUCCAAAUGAUCAAUUUUUUUUCCAAGGGCUAAGGAAAACCUUUUAGUCAUCAAGUUUGAUGCCAAUCCCUCAGUCUCCAAGACAUUUCUUUGUAUUGUAUUUUUUCUUGUAUCAUGUUUGGUUACAUUAAUUGAUUGUACUCUUGAGUUAUGAUCAAUCAGCACAAUUGUGGAACCCUGUGACUUACAUUUUGCCAUGCAUCUAUUUAUUUCCUCUUGUGUUGUACAUGUUCAGUUCAUCUGUGGUAUUCAGUUAUUAGUAGUUAGCUUUUAACUAGGGAAGUUAUAUUCAGAACAGUCAUAAUACAAUGUAUUUCCCAACCCAAUGUUUCUCAUUAUAAGUAAAAUAAUUGCUUUCUGUUUACCAUUUCUCCUUUUGACAUUUCUUUGGCACCUUUAGUACAAGGUGUGGUGCAAAUGGCAAAAUAAUUCACACCAUUAUUUCUUUUCAUCAUUUUUUUAUGUUACUUUGUUAACCUGUGUGUUGAUGGGAAUUGUGUGUGCGCUCGGGCAUGCG